CUUUCAGCAUGGCCCCUUGCCAGGGGAGGCUUUAAAAGGGUGGGGGCGCGUGUCUACUCUCACUCUCACGGCAGGACAUCCCAAGGGCAUCAAAGCAAGACAAGAUGACUCACCAUUGCACCAAGUUCUCCGGCCACUGGAAGAUCAUUGUCUUCGACGAGGAGUGCUUCCAGGGCCGUCGCCAUGAGUUCACCUCCGAGUGCUGCAACGUGAUGGAGUUUGGCUUUGAGACCGUGCGCUCCCUCAGAGUGGAGAGUGGAGCCUGGGUGGGUUAUGAGCACGCCUCCUACCAGGGACAGCAGUUUGUCCUGGAGAGGGGAGAGUACCCCCAGUGUGAUGCUUUCGGCGGUAGCAAUGCCUAUCACAUUGAGAGACUGACCUCCUUCAGACCAAUUGCCUGUGCUAACCACAGAGAGUGUCGUAUGACUAUCUACGAGCGUGAGAACUUCCUGGGCCGCAAGGGUGAGCUUAGCGACGAUUACCCCUCCCUCCAGGCCAUGGGCUGGUGCAACAACGAAGUUGGCUCUCUCAGGAUCCAGUCUGGAGCAUUUGUGUGCUACCAGUACCCUGGCUAUCGUGGAUACCAGUAUAUCAUGGAGUGUGAUCGUCACUGUGGGGAGUACAAACACUUCAGGGAGUUUGGCUCCCACUGCCAGACCCCUCAGAUCCAGUCCAUCCGCCGCAUUCAGCAGUAACAACUUACUCCAAACUCCCCAGACCCCCCCUUCCCAUCUGACCCUUCACCUUUUACCCCUGCUGCUACCUAGUGCUGAAUAAAAUGUAUUUCUUAAACCCUA